UGUGAGGGAGGACCUCGGAGAAGACGGGGUGAUCAGAAGACUGCAAAGGAUAGAAGAGAACAUCGACAAGCUAUCCAAACUGAUAGAAUCCUCCAAUCAACAAGUCCGUGAUUCAUCUGCGAAGAUGAUUCCUGCUGUGAAGGACGGGCAGGUUGCACCAAAGCUGUUCCCAAACUCUUACCUCUUCACUAAAUGGGGGGACGGACUGUUGGAGGACGAACAGAAAGAGGCGGAGAAGUUGUUCCAGAAAUACGGCUACAACGUCUUCUUGAGUGAUCGGAUACCACUAGAUCGAGAGAUUCCAGAUACGAGAGACAAGAGGUGUUUGCUGAAGAAUUAUCCCAAAGACCUGCCAAGCGUCAGCGUGGUGCUGAUCUACCUGGAUGAGGCCCUGUCAGUCAUCCAGAGAGCCGUGAGCAGCAUCAUCCAGCGCACCCCUGCUCACCUGCUGAAGGAGAUCAUCCUGGUGGACGACCACAGCUCCAACGAGGACUUGGGGGAGAAGCUGAACGACUAUGUGAGGCAGGUCCACGUCCAGCGUCCAGGGCUGGUGAAGACUGUGAGACACUUGAAGCAGAUGGGUCUGACUCAAGCUCGCAUCUCGGGAUGGAAGCUUGCCACAGGAGACGUGGUGGCUGUUCUGGACGCCCACAUUGAGGUCCACCUGGGAUGGGCACAACCACUGCUGGCCAGGAUCCAGGAAGACCGGACCGUGGUGGUGACCCCUGUGUUUGAUAAGGUUCACUUUGACACUCUCCAGGUGGAGCGCUACAUUCCCUCCGCCCAUGCCUUUGACUGGGCCCUGUGGUGCAUGUAUGAGAGCUUCACACCAGAGUGGUAUAACCUACAUGAUGACACCAAACCUGCAAAGAGUCCCUCUGUCAUGGGCAUCUUUGUAGCUGACAGGAAGUUCCUGGGAGAGAUUGGAGGACUGGAUGGAGGGAUGAAAAUUUAUGGAGGAGAGAAUGUGGAACUGGGGAUACGCGUGUGGUUGUGUGGAGGCAGUGUGGAGGUGGUGCCUUGUUCCAAGCUGGCCCACAUCGAGAGGGCCCACAAGCCCUACCUACCAGACCUUACCCCCAUGAUGCAGAGGAACGCUCUGAGGGUGGCAGAGAUAUGGAUGGACGACUACAACAUCGCCUGGAACCUGCCAAUAAAGGAUCAUGGGAUUGACAUAGGAGAUGUGUCGGAGAGGAAGACUUUGAGAGAGCAGCUGCAGUGUAAACCCUUCCAGUGGUACCUGGACCAUGUGUAUCCUCUGCUGGACACAUGGGGCGACCUGCUGGCGUAUGGAGGGUUAAAGAACGAGCUGCUUCCAGACUACUGUUUAGACGAGGGACCUGUUCCAGGAACCCUACCCAUCCUGUACAUGUGCCAUUUCUUCUCCCCACAGCUAUGUUACUACAACAGCAAGGGAGAGAUCUACGUAGGAGGGAUCAAGUCUCACAACUACAACAGCAACCGUUGCCUGGUGGACCCAGGCUCAGGGAACGCCCCCACUCUGCAGGACUGCAAGCUGGCUCAGCACAGAGAGCUGCACCUGCACUGGGAUUUCAAACAGGGUCAGUCUAUAAGGAACCGCCACACCAACCGGUGUUUGGAGAUUGCUCAGGGGACAAACUCUUACUAUGAGUUAGUCAUCCAGAAUUGCAGCGGACAAAGCUGGACAGUGCAGAAUGUCAUAACAGACUUCUAAAACAUGUCCCCCACUGGGGAUUAUAAUUAUUGUGAAGUACAAAAUAUAAGAUAUAUAUA